GAUAGCCCUAACAGUUGUGUUAAAUACACUACUCAUACUUGCGGAUAAGCCUAUUUGUAGGCUGCAAGGUAAACCUGAUUUUGCACAAUUUUCAAAGGAUGGAGAUAUAAUAAUUGGAGGAAUCUUCUCCUUUCACGACUCUGUUGUAGGUGUUAAACAGACAUUUACAUCAUUACCUGAACCUCUGAAAUGUAAAAGUCUGAAUUUCAGGGAAUUUCAACUAGCUCAAACUAUGAUCUUUGCCAUAGAAGAAAUAAACAAUGAUACAGAGAUACUCCCUGGCAUUUCUUUGGGAUACACUAUAUAUGAUGACUGCAGUUCUGUCAUGUUGGCUAUCAGAACAGCAAUGGCUUUAGCAAAUGGACAGGAGGAAACAGUUUAUACAAACAAAUCAUGCACCAAACCAUCAGCAGUGGCUAUAAUAGGACAUUCUGGCUCAUCCUUAAGCAUUGGGAGUGCUACAGCUAUCCGGGCAUUCAACAUACCACUGGUAAGUUAUUUUGCCACUUGUGCCUGCCUCAGUAACAGAAGAGAAUUUCCAACAUUUUUCCGGACAAUUCCCAGUGACUACUACCAAAGCAGAGCCCUGGCUCAACUCGUAAAACAUUUUGGAUGGACUUGGAUUGGCACAAUAAGAAGUGACAAUGAUUAUGGCAACAAUGGCAUGGCAACAUUUCUUCAAGAGGUUCAGAAAGAAGGCAUAUGCGUUGAAUAUACAGAAGCCAUAUACAGAAAUUAUCCAAGAGAAAGAAUUCUGAAAAUUGUUGAUCUAAUUAAAAUGUCAUCUUCAAGGGUAAUUGUGGCCUUUACGACAUCCAUAGAUUUACAGUAUUUAGUUAAAGAGCUCCUGCUUCAGAAUGUUACAGGACUGCAGUGGAUAGGAAGUGAAGGCUGGAUUGCAAAUAAGAACAUAAUCACUGCUGAAACUUAUAGUGUGCUGGGUGGGGCGAUUGGAUUUGCAAUCAGAAAUGCCCUUAUACCAGGACUUCAGGAGCAUCUGUUGAGAGUAAAGCCAUCAAGUGCAACGGAACACACUGUAGUGAAUGAAUUUUGGGAAAAUAUAUUUGGAUGUACAAUGGCCACACAAGAAAGUACUUCAAAUUCUGAUAUGUGUACAGGAACGGAGAAUUUAAUGAAAGUGAAUAAUGUGUACACUGAUAUGUCAGAGCUGAGAAUUCCCAAUAAUGUUUACAAGGCGGUGUAUGCUGUAGCUUAUGCAUUACACAAUAUUUAUUUGAGUGAGGAUAAUCUUUUGGAUAAACUAAACAUUAAUUCACAGCAGGCACUAUACAAUAUGAAAAGAGUUAACUUUACAACAAGGAAUGGAGAGAAUGUCUAUUUUGAUGACCAAGGUGAUUCGGCAGCUAGAUAUGAAUUAAUUAACUGGAGACUAAAUGCAAAGCAGAUGGCACAUUUCAUAACAGUCGGUCUCUAUGAUGCCUCUUUACCGGAAGGAAAGCAAUUUCUAAUGAAUAACUUUAGCAUUGUCUGGGCAAGGGGCCAGAAACAGGUACCAAGGUCAGUAUGCAGUGAAAGUUGCUAUCCUGGCACUCGCAAAGCUGUACAAAAAGGAAAGCCUAUCUGUUGUUUUGACUGUAUUUCAUGCGGUGAUGGAGAAAUUAGCAAUAUAUCUGACUCAACAGUUUGUAUAAAAUGCUUUCCAGAAUACAAAUCCAAUGAACAAAAAGAUAAAUGCAUCUUAAAAGAAAUGGAAUUUUUAUCCUUGUUUGAAAUAAUGGGAAUAUUACUAAUUAUAUUUUCAUUUUUUGGUGCGUGUUUGACAAUGACUAUAGCAGUCAUCUUCUUUUGGCACAGAGAUACUCCAAUUGUGAAAGCUAAUAAUUCAGAGCUAAGCUUUCUACUGCUGUUCUCUUUAACUCUGUGUUUUACCUGUUCGCUUACCUUUAUUGGUCAGCCUUCAGACUGGUCCUGUAUUUUGCGGCAUGUUGCUUUUGGGAUCACUUUUGUUCUCUGCAUUUCCUGUGUACUGGGGAAAACAAUUGUGGUGCUAAUGGCUUUCAGGGCCACACUGCCAGGCAGCAAUGUUAUGAAGUGGUUUGGACCAAAGCAACAGCGGUUAUGUGUUUCAGCUUUAACAUUCAUACAGGUUUUAAUUUGCUCUCUUUGGUUAUUUCUGUCUCCACCUUUCCCUGUUAAAAACAUGGAAUUUUAUAAAGACAAAAUAAUCUUGGAAUGUAAUCUGGGUUCUGUAACAGCAUUUUCUGCUGUUUUAGGAUAUAUUGGGUUGCUCUCUGUCAUAUGUUUUUUACUAGCCUUCCUAGCCCGCAAGCUCCCAGAUAACUUUAAUGAAGCCAAGUUCAUCACUUUCAGCAUGCUGAUAUUCUGCGCUGUCUGGAUCACUUUCAUCCCAGCUUACAUCAGCUCCCCAGGAAAAUACACCGUAGCAGUUGAAAUAUUUGCAAUAUUAGCAUCUGGUUAUGGUCUGUUAUUCUGUAUUUUUGCUCCUAAAAUGUAUGUUAUAAUAUUUAGGCCUCAGCAAAAUACAAAAAAACAUUUGAUGGGUAAACUUCCUUCAAAGUCAGCAUAAAAUAUUCUAAUGCUACAUAAAAUAAUAUUACACAUAAAGAUGCAAUGAAAACUGAAGAAAUCUCAUGCUGUGCUCUGUGGUUAAUUUUGCCCAAUGUUGUGGAAUAUUUUUAUUAGAAUAAUUAACACACAGGCAGCUAUAUUUUCUUCACAAAUUACAUUUUUAUUCCUCACUUACUUUCCCAAUUUUCCAUCUAUUUUAUAAACCUACAUUAUCUCUAAUAAGAUUUUACUUAAUUUUAAUAUCAUUAUUUUACAGAAGAUGCUCUGACUAGU